AUGGCUGCGAUAGGGGUUAGCAAAGCUCCUUAUUUCUUCUCUACCAGGUGUUGUGUUUGCCUGAGAGUGAGAGUUAGCAGAGGUAGGAACCGCUGUGAAGCUUUCCGCUCCAAAACCCCAACUGGUGGUACUGCCUUCAGCCGCUUGCUUGUUCUGGUGCCCAUUGUUCCUUGUUCUAAAAGAUUUGGAUUUGUUUCUUGUUCUGGUGCCUUCAGCCGCUUGCUUGUUCAAGACAUCGUUCAAAAGUUCCCACUAGACAUUAAGAGUCUUGACAAAAGUUGUUUAGGUCCUUUGAGGAAAGCUUAUUGCAGCUCUCUUAAUCUACUUUUAAGGCAUGAGGCACGUGAAUUUGCUAAUGAGCUUAGAGCAAUUACAAAAGCAUCAAGAAAUCCAACUGUUUUGCUCGAAGGUUCAACUGGUUCAAAUCAAAAUGUAAACAAUUCCACUGCUCUGAAUAAUAUGCCAAAAUGCUCACCAUAUUUAUCCCACUCCUUCUUGAUGAGUCCAGCAGGACUCAUCACAUGCAUGACACAAGGAACUACUAGUCUUCUUAGUAAUACAGUUUAUGCCAUAAGUGAUGCUGCCACCCAAGAUCAAGUUCCAGAGAAUGAUGUCAAAGGAAUUUCUAAGGAUAAACCACUGAUCCACCGGGAGCAGGAAAAACACAAACAAUUCUUAGGCUUCUUAGUGCCAUAUUACAAACCAGCUGAGUAUAUAAGUCUCUUAGUAACUUAUGCAGGUAACAAUCUUGUUGAAAGGACUUAUGAAUCAGAUAUUAAUGGUAACAAGUUUAACACUCGAGUCCAUACGAUUAGAUGUUAA